CACCGUCGAACGCGGGGCUGCUGGAGGGUCGGUCUGUUUCAAUAGUCGAAGGGAACGCGUGCACCAUCCGGGUAAAAUCGGUGUAUAUUUUGUUGUGUCACGCGCAGCCCACGUCCAACGACAGUUCUGCGCGGUCAAUUUCUCACGGAUCCCCUGCGACUUUUCUCAUGUGAAUAAAUCGUCGCGCGUUUCCCGACGUGUUAUGGCGUGGAAGUGGUGGUCAACCAUUGCAGUGCUGUCGUUUUCGUCCGACGAUACCGGGAUAUAUCGCCACAUCGACGCCCAGCUGUGUUGAAAUUCGCCACCGACGAAACAUGAAGUUACCACCCCUGUCAUGACCCAGUAUCGCGGAUGAGGGGGUAAACCAUCUUAGCGAGAGGGAUGUCUGAAAGCGACGGAGAGCAAGUUGCUCGGUCGGUGGCCUUGGAGCAAGCCUACGUCCACGAAGUUUACGAGCAAUGCGCCGAAAAAACUGUCCAGAGUAGACACUGGCCACGGAUCUACCAGUUUCUCGAAGAAUUGGAGCCUGGAGCCCUCGUUUGCGACAUUGGUUGUGGCAACGGGAAGUACCUCAGCGUUAAUCACAGCAUCUUUAAAGUGGGAGUGGACCGGUGCAAGCGUUUCACGGAUAUCGCGCGUGAGAAGGAAAAUGAGGUGCUGAUCUGCGACAAUCUAGCCCUACCGUUUCGAGAUGAGAGCUUCGACGCGGUGCUUUCGAUCGCUGUGGUCCACCACUUCGCCACCACCGAAAGGAGGGUUCACGCGUUGAAAGAACUCGCGCGAGUACUGCGAAUCGGUGGUCGGUUGGUCAUAUCCGUGUGGGCUAUGGAACAAAGGCAUCGAAAGUUCGAGUCUCAAGAUGUCUUGGUACCAUGGCCCAAAGCGUACUGCGCGAACUCUGCGUUGAACAGAUCGAAACGUACCGGCGCGCCGAGCCUCAGCGACGUGCACUCGAAUCAAAACGCUCAAAAGUACUUAUCUUCCAAGAGGAACAGCCAACGAAAAUGCAAAAGCAAGAGCUAUUGGAUCGACCCGAUAUUCAGCCCGUCGCCGUCGACCAGCAGCCUAUCCAGCCCCAACGAGACCUGCUACAGCUUCGUACGGCGUGCUUUGCAGAAAUUGGCCGGAGGUAGGCGUGGGUCUGGUGGUCGGCCUUGGUUUCUUGAAAGUUGGCAGAGCGGCAGCGGUAAAGGUCGAAGGGAUUACGAGCACGAGGAGCCCCAGGACGUGGACGAGCUGCCCAUCGAGCUGCGUCGCGUGGAGAACGUGAACGUGACGCUGACCAAGCAGCAAGACUCGUUGAGCAUCAAGUCGAAGAGUCUCGGGGACAUCCUGGAGAUUCAGCAGCUGGACCUGGUGAGGUCGAGAUCCAGCAUACCCGGGCUGUGUUCCGUGUUGACGUCCGAAUUAAAUUUGGACGGCGACUCCAGGACGUCGUCGUCGAUGAGUGGCUCGAAGCCACGGCUGGUCAAACAGAAGUCUCAUUUGGUAGACGACGUCGGUUUGGAAAAUCCUGAUAACACUGCCAUUCAAGAACUAACUAAGGACGUUCCAGACUAUCAGAUAACACCCACUCACUGCUCGAAGCGAGGAAGCAUCGUGAAGCAGAGCUCUAUGAACGAGGAGCUGAUGUCCACGGAGAGGCUGGAGGAGAAGGAGAGGGUACGACGGAACAUAAUGAAACAGGCAUCCCUGAACGAGGAUCUGAUCUACAAAGGAAACACGUUCGAAGCCCUCAGAGACUCCCUCUACUCCGGGAACGCGACUAGAAGGUUUCAGCUGUUGAAAAGUGGCCUUACGAACAAGAUCAAACAGUCGACGACCAACAUCGAGGUCUCCGGGCUGUCGUUGAAGAACGGUUUCGUGAAGAUCCUCCAAGGUUGGAAGUCGAGCGACAGCGACACGCCGGCGUCGGACGCGGCCAACGACGACGCGUCGAAAACGAAAGCCAACGAGAAAGUACCACCCGCGACGACGCUGAAGAGAGAAGCGGAGGGCGUGGAGAGACGUCUGUCCCGAGAGGACGGUUCCGAUUCCUCCAAGGACAGCAGUCUGCAGAGCGACACGAGCGUCGACUCCGAGGACAGUUUCGCGUCCGUGAUCUACGUGCCAAAACAGGACGCACCGCCGUUGGCGAAGAUUAUCCCCCCCAUACCCACCGGUUAUCAGUUACGCAGCACGUCAGCCCCUCCCUCUCCGCGCGUCAAACACCCUCCCGACAUGUCCAACGCGAGGCUCAAGCUUAUUUCCAUAUCACCCCUGCUCAAACAGUUCCCGGCUACGAGCAAGUCCUUGCCACCGCCCAGUCCCCCUGGUCUGUCUCCCCGUACCCUGAAUCCCAUGUUCCCGAGACCGUUCUUCGCCUCCGCGACCGCUCCGCAACCGUUGCCCGGGGAGACGACGAUCGUCGCUAAGAAAACGGACGCCUCGAACGGCGGUUGCCAGUCGCCGAGCGCAGAACCACAGCCCAGUAGAAGGAACAGCGAGGCGGAGGUUUGCGGUAGAAAUAGUUCCUUGGAAGGGAAGAAGCCCAGUUUGCAAGCUAUACGCGCCUAUCGAUCCAUGUCGGAGACCAUCGACAUCGAAGAGCCCAAGACUGUCGAGGACACUGCACCGCUGCUACCAACCGCGGAGGAGACCUUGGACGCAACGUCGCAGGAGAAGAGCCAGGAGACGAGCCAGGAGACCAUCAAGGAGGAGGAUAGUCGCAAGGCCAGACUGAACCAGAUAAAGGAGUUGUUGAAGCAGAAACCAGGUUUCGCGACGCGGACCAAACCGUCGUUCCCGUUGGUCAGACGCGCCUCGACCACGACCAGCGGUCGUCUGGAGACCGUUCUGCCACGAUUGCUAUCCCUGGAGCUGUUCAAUCCGGAAACGGACGAUCUGGACAGCGACUCCAGCGGCGUGUCCUCGCCUGAAUCCGUGGGCUCGGUGAUCAUCGUGUUCUCGGAUGAAAGGUACAUGAAAAAGGAGAACGCAAAGUCCGAGUGUACCGAGUCGAAAGUAUCGGAUACCAGCAACGUGACCGCCGAGGAGUCGUCAGGUAGCGUGGCAGACUCGAAGGAAGAAGAUACCAAAGGGGACAGCGUCUCGUCUCCGUCUUCGAGGCUCCUGGAGGCAGCGGCGAACGUUGCCAGCUCCUUGGAGGACGCCGUGGAGACUGCUAUCCAGAAAACUCAAGGUCGAUCGCACCAGUCGCAAGUAACGGAACAACGAAGCGUCGAUACGUCGCUGACCACCGAGAAGAAGCUCCGAACCAAGCACUCGAGUUCCACCGAGAGCUACCAGCUGCCCGAAGUGGAGGACACCUGGAGCGAGGAGUGUCGCAAGCAUCUGAUAGACUUCACCGAGAAGCUCAGCGAGAACCUGAUGCAGGAUACCGGGCAGGAUCAGUUCUGUCAGAAGUCGGAGAUCGAAGUGGACGCGUGCAACCAGAGGAUCCUGGACGAUGCGUUGCCAACGACCAAGGGAUCGGACCUGGUCAAGCGUAACGCGACGCUGUUCGACGUAAACGUGGCCAAAUCCGCAAAGUCUUGUAAAUACAACAACCUGUCGAACACGAUCGCUUGGCUGAGCAACAACAGCAACGGCUUCCACGCGAACACCGAGAAGAUACCGUUGGACACGGUGAACACGACCGAGACGGACAAAACGCUGAUGCAUCGAAGCACGUCGGAGGACAUAAUGGACUUCGUGAUGGUCUCGAACACCGGCGAGUUCAUGAACGAAAGGGAGAACGCUUCGUUGGACAAGCAUCCGUCGAAGCAGCCGUAUCUGAGGACAGCGAACUCGAUGGAGUCGAGCGACAUCGGCGAGUCCAUCGACAACACGAUCAGCCUAAGCGAUGGUAGCCACGCGGAGUCGACCGGUAGGCUAUGCAGCAGCAUGGUGUCGCUGUUGUCGUCCAACAACGCCGAGUAUCCGAAAUCGUACGCGGAGAAGCGUAAACUUCAGAUACAAAGACGAUCGGCCUCCGAGGAGACACCGUCCAGGUAUCCCGACAACGGCAAACGCAGCACCGAUUGUCUGGUCACCACCACCGGUAGCAACGGCUCGUUGACCGCCUCCUCCUCCCAGGAGUCGUUACCGUCUGACCGCGGCGGCGGAGCUAUCACCUACCAUCAGUACUAUCACGUGUUCAGGGAGGGCGAGCUGGACCAACUGAUAAACAAAUACGUGGAGAACCUGCACAUCAUCUCGUCCUACUACGACCACGCGAGCUGGUGCAUCGUCGCGGAGAAGGUGCAAGUCUGGACUAUAUGACUCGGGGCCCGCGGCCGAGUUACGAGCACAACUUUCUGCGCGUCGGUUUCUCGCGAGGCGUCGCGCUCGGUGCCCGACCACUCCGCCAGGCGGAUCACUUAUCGGGGAAGUUAAUCAGUUUCGCGAACCUUUGCGCGAGAGCACCGUGACGUUAUCCUUUCGGAUUACGCGCGGCCGGUUUCAUUUACGUUUGGAACGCGUGCACGCCGAUCGAAUACAUCGAUACGGAUACGUAUGGGUUUAAACAGGACCGUGACUAGACAGUUUAACUCGGGGGUAG